CAGCCCAGUCAGGUGCUGAGGAUGCAAUAGGGGUUGUUAAACACUGAACCUGACCGUGGAACAGGAGGCUCUAGGCCAAGGCCAAUGGGGCUCUGGAAAGGAGCACCCGGGCGGGGAAGGGGCAUCUAUAAACUAUCAACUUUCUAGAGUGGCGUCUCCAGGUCCAGCAGCAGGGGCCCAGCCGGGGAACUGCCUGGAGAGUGGGGCUGGAGAGAGAAGCCAGCAUGGCAGCAGCGGCGACUGAGUGAGGUGGACACGUACGCUCUGGGGUGUUAAUCUCCGGCCAGUGCACAUCAGGUUCUCAUUCCCCCCGCUCUUCCUCCACACUGCUUCCUUUCAUCGCUCAUCCUGCGAAGUAGGGGUUAUUAUCCCCAUUUUGGAAGACGAAACUGGGGCUCAGAGAGGUGAGCACGUGCUCGGGUGCCUCGGCAGCCCGGCCCCCUGGGUGCAUUACCAGGUCCUUUUACCGGAAUGUGGUAGGUGUCCUACUGGUCUUUGAUGUGACAAACAGGAAGUCCUUUGAACAUAUCUGCGACUGGCACCAAGAGGUCAUGGCCACUCAGGGCCCAGACAAGGUGAUCUUCUUAUUGGUUGGCCACAAGAGUGACCUGCAGAGCACCCGUGUUGUUUCGGCCCAAGAAGCGGAGGAGCUGGCUGCCUCCCUGGGCAUGGCCUUCAUGGAGACCUCAGCCAAAAAGAACUGCAAUGUGGACCUGGCCUUCAACACCCUUGCUGAUGCCAUCCAACAGGCUCUGGAGCAGGGGGACAUCAAGCUGGAGGAGGACUGGGGGGGUGUCCGGCUCAUCCACAAGAACCAAGUCCCCAAGAACCCCCACAGGAAGCAGCCCCCAGGCCCAUGUCAGUGUUGACUCUGGGAGGGAAAGGGUUAAAGCACUGCCAACCUCAGAAGUGCUGCUGGAAUGGGGAGUGGCAGGACCUUUCUGGAGAGCAAAUGGCAGGAUGUGUCCAAAGCGUUAAUAUAAAAAGUAUCCUAGCAGUCA